CAAGUUGGGAUCAUAUCAGGAAGGAGCGCACCGACAAAGCGAGAUAGACGACACCGGGGGAGAGAGGCACAUUUUCACGCCCUCUCACAUUAUUUCUCCGUCUCAUCGAUUAAAGAGACAGGCUUCCUUCAGGAAAAAAGUGAACAGGAUCCCCAAACGACACGAGGGAGAGAUGCAGUCUGUGGAGAGAUGGACUUUGCUGCUUUUACUCGUGGGUUUGAAGGCGCAAGACUGCCUCUCAUCAAAGGCUGAGGACCGACUUUUCAGGAAGCUGUUUAGACGAUAUAAUCAGUUCAUCAGACCAGUGGAGAAUGUCUCUGACCCAGUCACUGUGGAGUUUGAGGUCUCCAUCUCCCAGCUGGUUAAAGUUGACGAGGUGAAUCAAAUCAUGGAAACAAAUUUAUGGCUCAGGCAUAUUUGGAAUGACUACAAGCUCCGAUGGAAGCCUGCAGAGUUUGACGGGAUUGAGUUCAUUAGAGUCCCAUCGAACAAGAUUUGGAGACCCGACAUUGUGCUCUACAACAACGCUGUAGGAGAUUUUCUGGUGGAGGAUAAGACCAAGGCCUUGCUGAAGUUUGAUGGAACUAUCACAUGGGUUCCUCCAGCAAUUUUUAAAUCAUCUUGCCCAAUGGACAUCACCUACUUCCCCUUUGACUAUCAGAACUGCUCUAUGAAGUUUGGGUCCUGGACUUAUGACAAAGCCAAGAUUGACCUGGUACUUAUUGGGUCCAAGGUGAACCUGAAAGACUUCUGGGAAAGUGGCGAGUGGGAAAUUAUUGAUGCUCCAGGCUACAAACAUGACAUCAAGUACAACUGCUGUGAGGAGAUCUAUCCAGACAUCACCUACUCCUUCUACAUCCGGCGUCUGCCACUCUUCUACACCAUCAACCUCAUCAUCCCCUGCCUCCUCAUCUCUUUCCUCACAGUGCUGGUUUUCUAUCUCCCAUCUGACUGUGGAGAGAAGGUCACGCUCUGUAUCUCCGUCCUGCUCUCCCUCACUGUGUUCCUACUUGUUAUCACAGAGACCAUCCCCUCCACAUCGCUGGUCAUCCCGCUCAUUGGAGAGUACCUCCUCUUCACAAUGAUCUUCGUCACACUCAGCAUCGUCAUCACUGUUUUUGUGCUGAAUGUACAUUAUCGCACACCAAUGACCCACACUAUGCCGGGCUGGGUGCGCUCGGUGUUUCUCAAAGUGCUACCGAGGAUUAUGCUAAUGCGGAGACCGAUUGAUGAGAACAGCAAAGUUGGGGGGCUGGACAGCAGUGGGGAGGCAGGAGGAGGUGGAGGGGGAGGAGGAGGCGGAGGAGGAAAAGGAGGGAAAAAACGGAAGAAUAGCUUAAUGCAGUUUGGAGGAGGAUCGCUUAACUGUCUGGAGUUUGGUGAAAGCAAGCUCUCAACUAUGGAGGGCUGCACUGGAAAGAAAUGCCCCUGCCCUUGCCAGCAUGGGAUGGAAACCCCAGAAACCCCAGACCCUGGGAAGAUGACACGUCAGCUGAGUCACCAAAGCAUCAACACAGUCGUGGCCUUUUCUGUGGUGUCACCUGAGAUUAAACAGGCCAUCGAGAGCGUCAAGUACAUUGCUGAAAACAUGAGGAGCCGCAACAAGGCCAAAGAGGUGGAGGAUGACUGGAAGUACGUUGCCAUGGUGAUUGAUAGAAUCUUCCUUUGGGUAUUUGUGACCGUGUGCGUCCUGGGAACUAUGGGCCUGUUCAUCCAGCCUCUUUUUGGCUUUGUCUCAUAACUGCUAGCCCGUCAGGGUCCUCAGUCACCCUGUGCAUAGACCAAUCUCAAACAAGUAACUAAUGGACUCUCAGUUCUCAGUCGACAAAUCAAAAGACAGUUUUUAAGUCCUAAGCACUAUCUGGUAUGCUGGUUUUGCUUUUUUGUGUUUUUUCCCUUUUGCAGCAAAUAGAAAUAAAGAAACAGUGAAGUCUAAAAUGUUCUCGACUGGCAAGUAAACUGUAUAACAAAGAUGAUUCCUACACAUAAGCUCAUCUUUCGUGGUAAAAUAGAUUUUUCUAUAACUCCUUUUUACCUCUUGACCAUGUUUGUUCAUUUGUACUUUUUAAAGCAUCUUUAAUACAAAUAUUGGACACAUAAUGAUUUCCUGUGUAGUUAAAUUUGUUAACAGCCUCAGAGACAGAGCUUUGUGGGUAAAAUUCUAACAUUUGCACCCUCCUAAAAAGCAAAACCAGUCUACCUUAUUACUCAGAUCCAUUUAGCUCUCAAAACAUACAUGCUAACAUCUAUAUCGCUAAAAUUGGCUCAUCAGAACUGAGCUUUUCUAACCAGUGAGUGACUUACAAUCAUGACGUCCAACUUUUAUAGUCCAUAGGGCAAUGAAGUUCACACAGCUUAAUUUUGACCUAUGUUUUCCUUUUGGGAAAUUUUGUAUACUGCUUUCAUAAAAUUUCUGCCUCUGGCAAAAAAGAAAUGUGAUAAAGAAGUCAGAAACUCAGAUUCACGCCUUAUCCUUAUUUUGCCAAAAUAUGUAAUGGAUUGGUUUUUGUCUUGUAAUAGAUUUCUGUAAGAGUCUGGCUCAGCUCAAAACUUGGCACACUGAAUAGUCCUUUAGGACUGGAACCCGGACAUUCAACAGAUGCUUGGAACUUUGUACUUCCAGCAGAGAUGAUACAAAAACUGAACUUAACCCUGCAACAUUCCUCCUCUGAGCUGACUGAUAACUGUCAUACCCGUUACCCAGUCUGAUUCAUCAAGAAUUCCACUGUCAGAGCCAGUCAUGCUUGCUGCUUUUUUGUGCCAUUUCCAAUUACAGUUGAGACUACUGGCAUGCUUGGCAGUGCUUUUACAGAUAAGGGCAGGCUGUUCUUUUAUUUGUAAUUAGAAACCAUACGUUUAUAAAUGUUCUCUCUAAUUAAUGUUCCACGAGGUAAUUGGUUGGCCUGGUAAAUAUUGGAUUAAAUGGUAUUUGAUUAGUUGCUCCUGAAAUAGCAUUACAUCUAUUAAUUCAUGAGAGGAUUCUAUCAUCCAAUUCCAUGGCGACUAAUUUAAUCUCCUUUUUUCUUGUCACUUUUGAUUAUUAUGAAGCACAAACGUGAUGAAAGAAACAUGUAUCACAGAAGUUUUGAUGGCUUUAACCUAUGGCUGGGUGAUAUAUUAAUCUGAAUUUUGGUUUUGCACAUUGUGAGAAAAUGGUAUAUUAUUCAUAAAAAUCUAGAUUUAAUUGCUCUGGCUUUACCGCACAGCUCCAUUUUUAUCUCUCUCUCUCUCUAUAUAUGUAUUUAUAUAUGAAUUGUACAGCAAUAUAAGCUUAAUUUAAUUUAAUAUGUUGAAUUUAAUUUAUCCUUCUUUUUCACAUCAUAUUAUAUUAUAUUUUAAUGUACCUGAAAUAGACAGCCUUUGCUGAAAGAAGCAAAUAUUGUUUUUGGAAAGGAGCUUUGCCAUUCUUUGUCAGACUGUCUGAAUUUCAAAAUAAAAUGAGUAUUUCUUCAAAUAAAAGGGGUUGCAUUUAACGGAAAAGGUUUGCGAUGAUGCUAAAAAAAAAUCUAUGACUUCAUUAAACCAUUUUUAAAUAUACACUGACAUACACUGUUGCAUAUGUGUGUCAUUACUCUAACAAAAAGCUGCCAGAGGUAUAAUCAAGCCCGUUGUUAUGUCAUAUGGAAGAGCAUGUUGUUUUAUGCUAUUCAGACAUAAUUUUAGUGUUAGGGUAAAAUGCAUAAUUACACAUGACAUUGCCAUAUAAUCAUAAUUAUCAGAGGGUCAAUCUCCCAGCUGCACAUAGCAGUCAUUGUUUGAAUAUUGCAAUGAGUCAGUAAUUCUAUACUUAAUGUUCCUUACAGAACACAUUCAUUUGCAGACAUUUUCACAGCUGUGUUUUUUCUUCUACAACAUAAAGUGAAACACCUCUUUGGGACUGUCAGCAAGAAGGGGUAUCCUGCCUUUUGCUCUCAGCUGGGAAGAACUGGAGAGUACUACUUAGUGCAUACAUUUCACAUAGUUGUGACCUUUAAAUAAAUACAUUGCAAAUUAAUUGUUACAGAUUUAAGUGUCAUAUUCUAAAAUAUGAAAAACCUGCUUCAUAUGUCAAACACAUUUGGAU